AUGUCUCGCCAACGCCGUUCUGUUCAGGAGAAACCCCGAGAUACGAGAAGCCAGACCGCUGAAGUGGCUAACUCGGUCCUGGAGGUGCCACCCAAGGUCAUGAAGAAAUUGCUUCAUUGGGAUGAUCUACCCCAUUGGCAGCGCGAUAAUCAUCAUAUCCACACGGGAUACCGACCAGCCUCAUCUUCCUUUCUAGCCUCGUUCCAGUCUCUGAGCUACCUUCACAAUGAGUCGGUGAACAUCUAUACGCAUCUACUACCGGGCUUAGCGGCUAUCCCGGCCGGGUAUCAGCUAUAUCGCAUUCUCGCGCCUCGCUAUGAGACCGCAGAUGAUUCGGAUAUCGUCGCUUUUGCCUGUUUUUUUGCUGGGGCUUCUUUCUGCCUUGGGAUGUCCGCCACCUACCACACAAUCUCGAAUCAUUCGCCCCGCGUGGCACGUAUCGGGAAUGCUCUCGACUACAUCGGCAUCGUCGGCCUCAUCGUGGGUAGCUUCGUACCCAGUGUCUUCUAUGGGUUUUACUGCGUUCCCACGCUCCAACAUCGAUAUUGGACUAUGAUCUGUAGCAUCGGGUUAGGCUGCGUGUUUGUUUCCAUUAUGCCCCAGUUCCGAACUCCCCGCUGGCGACCCUUUCGUGCAGCCAUGUUUGUCGGGAUGGGCCUGUCGGCCAUCUUCCCCGUACUUCACGGGGUGGCUCUCUUCGGGGUGGAUCGCAUGCGCCAGCAGAUCGGUCUUGGCUGGCUGCUGCUUCAAGGCUUUUUGUACAUUCUCGGUGCGGGUAUCUAUGCAGCACGCGUGCCGGAACGGCUGCGACCGGGCCUGUUUGAUCUCUUUGGCCACUCGCAUCAGAUUUUUCAUGUGCUAGUGGUAUGCGCUGCGGUGGCCCAUCUGACGGGGCUGCUGAAGGCAUUUGAUUAUCGGCACAGCGGGAGUGCCGAGGUUUGUCGGAUUUUACGCGGCUGA